CCCAUGAUUGUGCAGCACUAAUGGCACAAGAAACAGCAGGGUUUUUUUUGCAUGUAAUUGAUUCUCCAUUAUCUAAUGCAGAUAUUGAGUUUUUUGUAGAUGGUUCCAGAUAUGCUGAUGAGAAGGGUCAUUUCCACACUGGAUAUGCUGUAGUCUCUGCACAUGAGGUAAUAAAAGCUGAACCACUCGCUCCUCACUGCUCUGCACAGGAGGCAGAGCUGAAGGCACUCGCUGAAGCGUGUAAAAUGGUUUCUGGAACUCCAAUCAAGAACUCUGGAGCCAUGAGUGCACUUAUGGACGCUAUCCUGCUACCCACUCAAGUAGGCAUCAUCAAGGUGGCAGCUCACGUGAAGACCACAGAUGAAAUCUCAAGAGGAAACCACAAAGCAGACGAAGCUGCCAAGCAAGCAGCAAUUCAAGUUCAUCCCUCUACAGGUAAUACCUUCCUACAAGUUGUUCUUACAGAUGACGCCGUUGACUACAAUAUACUGUUGAGCUUACAAAGACAGGCAAGCAAGGAAGAACAUUACCUCUGGAGGAAACAAGAUGCAGAACCUGAUGAUGACAGAAUGUGGAGGAAAGGUAAAAGACUGUGUUUGCCACGAGUGUUGUACCCCAUGAUGGCCCAGAUUGCCCAUGGACCUACUCAUCUAUCCAAGAUGCACCGACAUAAAGCUGUUCUUAUCCUUUACCAUUGUAUGCUGUGUUCAGAUAUGCUACUUAGACUUGAGACCAGUAAAUAA